UAGUAUUAUAAUCUAUAUAUACCCUUCUUCUUCCACAUGAGCCUCUUCAAGUAAAUUACAUUUCACUACAUCUCUCUAAUGGAUCAAAAAAUGGUGAAAACAUCGAUUCUUGUGGCUAUAUGUCUAAUGCUUACUCUGAACAUUGCUGCUGAGACUAAGGUUCACAUAGUAUAUCUGGGUGAGAGGCAACAUGAUAAUCCUGACUUAGUCACUGAGUCUCACCAUCAGAUGCUUUGGUCAAUCCUCGGAAGCAAAGAAGCUGCACAUGACUCAAUGGUGUAUAGUUAUCGCCAUGGCUUCUCAGCUUUCGCUGCCAAACUAACUGAUUCCCAAGUGAAUCAACUCUCAGAGUUACCUGAAGUUGUUCACGUCAUACAAGAUAGAUUCUACGAGUUGCAGACAACUAGGACUUGGGAUUACUUAAAACAUACUUCAAAACAUCCAAAGAAUCUACUAAACCAAACUAACAUGGGAGACAAAGUCAUAAUCGGCGUCGUUGACUCCGGAAUAUGGCCAGAGUCUGAAUCAUUCAGCGACAAUGGUAUUGGACCAAUACCAAAGCGUUGGAAAGGAAGCUGUGACUCAAAACUGAGCCUCAACGGCUCAGCAGUUUGCAACAGAAAGCUCAUUGGCGCUAAAUACUUCGUCAGUGGUUUACUCGGAGGCGCCGAUGACAGCAACUGGAACACCACGGAGGAUCCAGAAUACGUCUCUCCUAGAGACUUCAACGGUCACGGCACCCACGUGGCUGCAACCGCUGCUGGCUCAUUUGUCUCAGACGCGAGCUACUUAGCUCUAGGGAGAGGAGUCGCUAGAGGCGGGGCACCAAGGGCCCGCAUAGCUAUGUACAAGGCUUGUUGGCACGUAACCUCUAUAGGGACAGCGACUUGUUCAUCUGCAGAUAUGUUGAAAGCAAUAGACGAAGCCAUACACGACGGUGUAGACGUUUUGUCAGUCUCCACAUCGUUUCCGAUUCCUCUGUUCCCUGAAGUGGACGCUCGAGACGCUAUGGCGGUUGGAGCGUUUCACGCGGUUGCCAAGGGAAUCCCUGUUGUGUGUUCUGGUGGUAACGCGGGUCCUGCUUCUCAAACCGUGACCAACACGGCUCCUUGGAUUAUUACCGUUGCUGCAUCCACUCAAGAUCGGUCUUUUCCCACACUUAUUACACUUGGCAACAAUAUUACAAUUGUGGCUCAAGCAUUGUAUCAAGGUCCAGAUAUGGAUUUUACUGGUCUCGUUUACCCUGAAGGUCCAGGAUCAAGCAACGAGACAUUUUCUGGAGUCUGUGAAGAUCUUGCCAAAAACCCUACUCGUAUAAUAAAAGAAAAGAUUGUCUUGUGUUUCACGAAAUCUACGGAUUAUGGUACCGUGAUCCAGGCUGCAUCUGAUGUGUUUAACCUUGAUGGAUAUGGUGUGAUCGUUGCAAGAAAUCCGGGAUACCAGAUCAAUCCUUGCGAUGGUUUCCCUUGCCUUGCUGUAGAUUAUGAACUUGGAACCGAUAUACUCUUCUACAUACGUUCAACAAGAUCACCUGUCGCCAAGAUUCAACCUACAAGAACGUUGGUUGGACUUCCCGUGGCUACAAAGGUUGCUACUUUCUCAUCCAGAGGACCUAGUUCCAUAUCUCCAGCAAUUCUCAAGCCUGAUAUUGCAGCACCUGGAGUAAACAUACUCGCUGCUACUUCUCCAAACGAUACAUUCUACGACAGAGGAUUCUCUAUGAAAUCAGGAACAUCGAUGUCCACUCCUGUUGUUGCAGGAAUUGUAGCACUCCUUAAGUCUUUGCACCCUCACUGGUCUCCUGCAGCCAUUAGAUCCGCUAUUGUCACUACUGCUUGGAGAACAGAUCCAUCCGGUGAGCCCAUUUUCGCAGAUGGGUCAAACCGCAAAUUAGCUGAUCCAUUCGACUACGGAGGAGGCGUUGUGAACUCAGAGAAAGCUGCCAAACCAGGCCUUGUUUACGAUAUGGGAGUUAACGAUUACGUUCUCUACUUGUGCUCUGUAGGUUACACGGAUUCCUCCAUUACUAGACUCGUCCGUAAGAAGACUGUUUGUGCAAACCCUAAAGCUUCUGUUCUUGAUCUCAAUUUGCCAUCUAUCACAAUCCCAAACCUUGGGAAAGAAGUUACUAUCACUAGAACGGUUACUAACGUUGGACCAGUAGGGUCAGUUUAUAAGGCUGUGGUUGAGGCUCCGAUGGGUGUUAACGUGACCGUGACACCGGGGACAUUAGUGUUUAACGCGAAGACUAAGAAACUCUCGUUCAAGGUCCGUGUGUCGACAAACCAUAGAGUAAACACUGGUUACUACUUUGGAAGCUUGACUUGGACUGAUUCUGUUCAUAAUGUGGUUAUUCCUGUUUCUGUCAGAACUCAGAUCUUGCAGCGAUAUUACGACGAGAACUGAUAUUUU